AUGAUGAAUGCUCCAGAAGUGGAUAUUGCUGUGCUAAAAGGCGUUCAAGAUGUCAUGAAGGACUUUGAACUAUCAAUUGAAGACUACCGAGAUAUCAAAAAUGCUCUACUCGCAGCCCUCCGUUCUGGUUUGAAAUUGAAUCGCAGGGACAAGUCAUCUGUCAAGAUGUAUCCAUCGUACGUAACUAGGAUGCCAACCGGAAAAGGUGAGCUUCGUAGAAACGUAUUUAAAAAGUUUAGAAACUGGACAGUACCUUGCAUUGGAUCUUGGUGGCACAAACUUCCGGGUUUGCCUCGUUACACUGUCAGGCAAACUAGAGCCACCUAUUGUGGAGCAGCGGACGCACUCUAUCCCGGUUGAAAAAAUGUGUGGGACGGGCGCAGAGGUUUGUUGUGAAGUCUUAAACACAUGUUGUAGCUCUUCGACUACCUCGCUAUGAAUCUUCAUGAAUUCCUCAGACUGAGAGGUCUCUUGGACAAACAAUUUUAUUUGGGAUUCACCUACUCUUUUCCCUGCGAACAGGCUGGACUAAAUGCGUCCUACCUUGUUAAAUGGACCAAGGGCUUUUCUGCUUCCGGUGUUGUCGGACGGAAUGUCUCAGAUUUACUGCAGAGUUCUAUUGAUAAGACCGUACGUUGUAACUUGACUUUCCUACGCCCAUGCCGGGCCAUUCCUUCUAAGUGGCUCUGUGAAGCAUUUUACGUUUCAUACAGUAGAAUAGGCGCAAUACUGCCUGGCAGGGGUUUUCUAUGAAAAGAUGCUGGCAAUAUUCCGAAAUAAAAUCUUUGCUUGUUAACACGCCUACGUCAGUUAUUCUGUACUAGAUUUAAUUUUAGCCAAAUAUUUUUGACCAUCAGCUUUUGACGUUUUCGGUAUUUGAUUGCUCUUAAAUAAAAAAUGUAGUUUAUCGGGCUUAUUAUAUGCAAUUAGUCAACAAUGUUGAUCUAUUCUUUUAAAGGGCGCGCAUGUUAAGUGCGUUGCUGUUGUCAACGAUACCGUCGGGACCCUUGCCGCCUGUGCCCUCGAAGAUCGGCGUUGCGCCGUUGGACUAAUUGUUGGUAUGUUGCAUUGCGCCUGAUGCUAUGUUCGAUCUAACGGAAACAUGACAAUUGUCCUCUAACUAACCGUAUUUCUAUGUGGGUUUGUCUAAUGGUUAACCUCUAUAAUCACUCUACGUAUAAAAUAUUGUAGGCACAUUUCAGGAUACAUAUAUGACAAACUUAACCUCUGUUUCUGUCCACUGUUGUAGGCACCGGUUCAAAUGCGGCUUAUCUCGAGGAUAUCAAUAGAGUUGAACUUAUAACUGCGAGACGAAUGAGCGGAGAAUUAAACGAUGAAGAAUAUAAGUCUGUUAAAAGUGUCGUCAUUAAUAUGGAAUGGGGUGCUUUUGGGGAAUCCGGGGAGCUGGAUUACUACCGUACACAGUUUGAUGAAGCAGUGGACAAGGAAAGUAUCUUUCCAGGAAAACAGAUGUUAGUUUCCUUACAGUCGUAGCCGUUAGUUUUAUGAAGUAAUCUAUUAAUUGUUUUUUAUAUACGACUAUUUUUAUGAUUUUAGAUUUGAAAAGAUGUGUUCCGGCAUGUACCUAGGCGAAUUGGUUCGGCAGAUACUUUUGCUGCUGGUCGAGAAGGGUUAUUUAUUUGAUGGAGUACUCCCUGACCGACUUCGCAAAAGUGAAAGCUUCCAUACAAAAUACAUCAGCGAGACCGAACGGUAAUUUAUGAAGUUAUUUAUGUCAUGCUUAUUUGUAUGCUUCACUGUUUUUAGCUUAGUGAUGGUCAUUUCAUUUUUACAGUAUGUACUUACAACUGCUUAUGUUAAAAUCGCCUUUUAGUGACCCGCCGCAUUUGCUGUACAGUACCCUGUACAUGCUGACGGAAGAUUUAUUGAUUCCCUCGGUCUCUCUACAGGACUGUCGAAUAGUGCGCUAUGUUUGCGAGAUUGUAGGCAGAAGAGCCGCACAUCUGACUGGUGCAGGUAUGUUUUGUAGUACCUUUGCCGAGUAAGACGUCAAAUUUGACUUGAGAUGUCGGUUCAGGCGCUUGACUUUGGAAUAUGCAUUCCAAAUGUAUAAAACUGACCGUAUGUAUGGGGUUUUUAUAAUUACAGGUAUCGCAGCUGUCCUUGAGCACAUAAAAAGGCCGGAAGUGUCUAUUGGUAUCGACGGUUCUCUCUACAAACUUCAUCCUCGCUUUCGCGAACGAAUGACUGAUAUCCUUGACAAACUUUUACCUCCAUCAAUUCGGGUAAAAACGAGGUUUUAUAACAUUUUUAGUUUUUGCUUGUAUUCUCCGAAACAAUUGCAUUAUUGGAUAUUAUUUGAUUUUUUCCUUCUGUUAUAGUUUCGCCUUCGGCUUUCUGAAGACGGUAGUGGAAAAGGAGCCGCGGCGAUCGCAGCCGUUGUUUCAGACGAUUCUUCACCUUAA